ACGUAGGACGCCUCUCUGAUCUGCAUCAAUGCUCUCCUUACUCCUUACUUCACACGUAUACACAUGCGUGCGCGCGCGCGCGGUCACAUACAUUCAUUAUCCCACUCAUCGAAGUAGAAAACCGUUACCAACAGAACCUCCGUAUACUGCAUAUGUGGGAAAUUUACCGAACGGAAUUGUGCAAGGCGACGUUGACAAAAUCUUCGAGAAGCUCAAUGUCAAAGUCAUCAGAUUGGUCAAAGACAGGGACACCGACAAAUUUAAGGGCUUCUGCUAUGUCGAGUUUGAAGACUUGGCUGAUCUGGAGGCAGCAUUGGAAAUGGACGGGGCGGUAGAAGUAGACAAGUGUCUGAUCAAGAUUGAUGUAGCGGAAGGAAAAAGAAACGACCGCGGUGGCGGCUUCGAUAGGAGAGGUCGUGGCGGCAGCGGUGCUGGCGGCGGCGGUGGAAGCGGAUUUAAAGGAGGACGAGAUUCCGGCCGUGGAUUCGGCGACGAUUUUGAUAGUAAAUCCUCAUAUUCAUUACACC